AUGCCUGAACAGUGCAAGUUCCCUAGCGGAAGUAAUUCUAAUUCUUGCGAUCAAUGUUUCCGUACGAAGCAGAGUUGCUCCAAACAUCCAAUACAAUGUCAAAGAUGCGCUGAGCUAGAAAGCUCUUGCACAUAUAGCUUUGGAAAGUUCAUGGGAAGACCCAAGCGGAACUUCAAGAGCCGUCGGCAGUUGCAGAAUGAGACAAAAAGUGGCCCGGAUCAGCCAGACACUUCGAACCGUGGGGACAAUUCAAACAUAUCAUUGGAAGGCUCUGAAGGGGUACCAAACCUGACCAUCUCAUCAACUUCAAUGACGUCAGAUGAAUCUUCAGACUGGUGGCAGUACUCUCGAGAAGACAAAGAAACGAACAAUUAUCCUUUCAGUGUGAAUGAUGUCGAGAAUCCUUCUGCAAAGCGAGAUCGAUCUCAGCAAAUAGCGCCUAAAAAGACCGCGAAGACUUCCGCAUGUGAUCAAUGCUACCGAUUCAAAGUCAAAUGUACAAGAGAGCCAGAUUGCUGUCAAAGGUGUAGUUUGAGUGGUAACUCGUGCACCUACAGUGCUGCCAUUGACGUAGAUCGAUCUCGAAAAAGAUCAGCUCCACCAACAACAGAGUCGCCCAAAAAGAAAACUUCUUUCUCGCUACAGACCAAGCCAGCUCAAACCAUGGAUGGUGUUGGCUCAAGUUCUACUACAACAGACUCGAAUUGCAAUGAGAUUGAAAAUACCUGCCACAAAGACUUGGUUACUCUGCCGCCACAGUCAAGAUAUCAAAAGCACCACAGAUUAGUUUCUGCGCCCGAGAUUCCUACUUCUUGUCAGCCAAUUUCGGCUCUACGUGAACCGACUCAUGUCAUAGAUGAGUGUGAUAUUUCUUUCCACGAGUCUUCUCACUACUAUAGCGAUAGUCUUCUCAGUAUGCCACCACUAGACAUAUUUUUUGGUAAUGAAAAUCCUCCACAUGAUAUUAACUUCGAUAUCGGCGGAGAUGAAAGUCACGAGCAAUCGCACGGAAGUGAAGUACCUUCUAAUAAUGAAAACAAUUUUGACCCUAUUCUGGCAGACAGAAUUUCAGGAGGUUGUAACUGCCUUCAAUCCGCACUUUUGAGUCUCUCAAAUUUGCAUGCUGUCGUCUGCGGUAAUCUCAAUUCAUCAUUAGAUGGUAUAUUUGCCGCAGCACGAAAUGGUCUGUUCAUUUGCGAAACUCUAAACCUGGCUCAGUGCUCUUCUUGCGAGCUCAGUUCCACUUCAACAUUGUUGAUGCUUUGCGUGGCGAUUUUGCAGCAAGUAUACAAUGCCUACGAGUUACUUGCCAAUCCUACCGGCCUAUCCACGAAGGACUUGAACGGGGCUGACAAAAAAAUGACAUUGAGCAUAAAGAUUGGAGCCAUGGAGUUCACUGACAUUGGACAUAAUCCAAGUAUCUUGAACGCCGUUCUCAAGACGGAGAAGGCAAAAGCGGAAAGGAUCUGUGUGGAGCUGGAGAAAACGGUCACCAAUGCUCAAUGUAGGGAUCCUGCUGGAGUCGGAAAGGAAGAGACUAUGGUGCGCGAUGGGCUGGUUAGCUUGAUUGAGAUCUUCCGUGGGCGGUUCAUCACUGAAGUGGCGUAG